AUGGCACAGAAUCGACGAAGUUCUACGGGCCCUUUUCAUGUUCCCAGACCGACCACCCAUUCGGACGGGAAUUACAUUGAUUCUGGUAGAUCGCCCCUAGAGCCUAAUGCUAAGACUUGUCACGUACGUUGGAGUGAUGAGAUGGAUGGUUUUAUGAUCACUUCACUUGUUGAACAAGUGUUGACUGGUCACAAACGAAGCAACAAUGGCUUUACCACAUUUCAAGCAUCUAAGGCAAUUGAUAGGGUUUUCAAUGGAUGUGGGGUUAUGGUCUCAGAUAAGAAUGUAAGGGCAAUGUUAAAGACUCUUAAAAAAGAGCAUGUUGAAGUUCGCCAGUUGCUAAAUAUGAGUGGUUUUGGGUUGGAUCCCGAAAUUGGACGCAUUGUAGCUAAUGUUGUGGCUCGGGACGAUUUUAUUAAGGUACGAAUUAGGAUACAUUUAAGACAUUGCUACUAA